ACGAGCGCUUCCUCAGGUAGGAGUGGAUAACCUUGACAAAUCCGCCCCCGGCUCUGCCCCGCUUCUCUUUCCUCCCAGCAUCCCGGAGAUGCGCUGACAGACGGGGGUCUCGAACAACAAGUGAGUGUCAGGUGAUGGUGCGUUACGGUGCAUGAUGAGCGGCACGCUGUGCGUCACGGUGCGCCCAGGACUCCCCACCCUGCAUGCCAAGUGUAGGCAGAGCUGCGUGUGAUGCUCUGUCCUCCAGCGUCCUGUCCUGCGCGCGCUCCGUCAGUAGCACGUCGACGCGCGAGCUGCCCGGCGGACGCUUUCAUGACUCCACGGACGUUUUCCUACGGCGGCUCCAAGCGUGGAUGCUGUUAAUCUGACGGACUGAGGCCAAGAAGUGUCAUCUAUUCGCCAUCGCCCACCCCUCCUCCUCCUCCACCCUGCGCCUGCAUCGCUUCCUGUCUUCCUCCCAGUCUCUCUCUCUCUCUCUCGUGCGCUCGCUCGCCCACUUGCUCUUUACCCCCGCCCCCGUCCCCCCCCCCCCCUUACCCUCAGCCUCCCUCAUGCCUAAGAACAGCAAGGUGACGCAGCGCGAGCAGAGCCAUGAGCACGUCACGGAGUCGGUGGCCGACCUGCUCGCCCACGAGGAGCCGCUCGACUACAAGAGCAGCUCCCUGAAUGUGGACGGGGCGGCCGGCAAGAAGGUCCCACAGCUGGAGGUGCCGGAGAGCGAUGGGCGGCCGGCCUGGAACAGCAAGCUGCAGUACAUCCUGGCCCAGGUGGGCUUCUCCGUGGGCCUGGGCAACGUGUGGCGCUUCCCCUACCUGUGCCAGAAAAACGGAGGAGGUGCCUACCUGGUCCCGUACUUCAUCCUCCUCCUCAUCAUUGGCAUUCCGCUCUUCUUCCUGGAGCUGGCGGUGGGACAGAAGAUCCGACGCGGGAGCAUCGGGGUGUGGAACUACGUGUGCCCUCGUCUGGGUGGGAUCGGGGUGUCCAGUCUGAUGGUGUGUGGCUUCGUUGGCCUCUACUACAAUGUGAUCAUUGGCUGGAGCAUCUUCUACUUCUUCCAGUCUUUCCAGUAUCCUCUGCCGUGGAGCGACUGCCCCAUCAGAAAGAACGGCACACUGGCCAUCGUGGAGCCCGAGUGCGACAAGAGCUCGGCCACCACCUACUUCUGGUACCGUCAGACUCUGAACACGACCAGCACCAUCGCAGAGAGCGGAGGCCUCAACGUCAAGAUGACGCUGUCUCUGCUGGCGGCCUGGAUCAUCGUCUGCCUCGCCGUGAUCAAGGGAAUCGCCUCCUCCGGGAAGGUGAUGUACUUCAGCUCUCUCUUCCCCUACCUGGUGCUGUUCUGCUUCCUGGUCCGCGGUUUGAUGCUGAAGGGCUCUGUGGACGGCAUCGCUCACAUGUUCACCCCCAAGCUGGAGAAGAUGCUGGAGCCGCAGGUGUGGAGGGAGGCGGCCACGCAGGUCUUCUUCGCCCUGGGCCUGGGCUUCGGCGGCGUCAUCGCCUUCUCCAGCUACAACAAGAUCGACAACAACUGCCACUUCGACGCGGUGCUGGUGUCCUUCAUCAACUUCUUCACCUCCAUCCUGGCCACGCUGGUGGUGUUCGCCGUGCUGGGCUUCAAGGCCAACAUCAUGAACGAGAAGUGUGUCGUGGAGAACGCCGAGAAGAUCCUGGGAUACCUCAACUCCAACGUGCUGAGUCAUGAUCUGAUUCCCCCGCACGUCAACUUCUCCCAUCUCACCACGGCCGACUACGCCGAGAUGUACGGGGUCAUCAAGACGGUCAAGGAGGGCGGCUUCGAUCAGCUGGGCUUGGACCCCUGCGUCCUGGAAGACGAGCUCAACAAGGCCGUCCAGGGCACAGGUCUGGCCUUCAUCGCCUUCACCGAGGCCAUGACCCACUUCCCGGCCUCUCCUUUCUGGUCGGUGAUGUUCUUCUUCAUGCUCAUCAACCUCGGCCUGGGCAGCAUGAUCGGCACCAUGACCGGCAUCACCACGCCCAUCCUGGACGCCUACAAGGUCCAGAAGGAGAUUCUGACGGUUUGCUGCUGCGUCGUGGCCUUCCUGUGCGGCCUGCUCUUCGUCCAGCGCUCAGGGAACUACUUCGUCACCAUGUUCGACGACUACUCCGCCGGGCUGCCGCUCACCGUCGUGGUCAUCCUGGAAAACGUGUCGGUGGCCUGGAUCUACGGCACCAAGAGCUUCAUGCGGGACCUGGAGGACAUGCUGGGCUUCCGGCCGUACGUCAUCUACUUCUACCUGUGGAAGUACGUCUCCCCGAUCUGCCUCAUCGUCCUCAUCUCAGCCUCCAUCAUAGAGAUGUCGGUCAGCCCGCCAGGCUACAACGCCUGGGUCCAGGAGCUGGCUCAGGAGCGCUUCCAGAGCUACCCUCCCUGGGCGCUGGCCAUGUGCUUCGCUCUCAUCGUGGUGGCCAUGCUCCCUCUCCCCAUCGUCUUCGUGGCCCGUCACUUCAACCUGGUGUCCGACGGCUCCAACAAGCUGUCGGUGUCCUACCGCAAAACCAUAAUGAAGGACAUCUCCAGCCUGGAGGAGCAGGACGAGGCCCGCUUCAUCCUCAGCGCCCGGCCCGGCGAGGCCCCGUCGGCGCCGGCGCGCAGGGCCUACCUCGCCCCCGGGGGCAGCAAAGCCCUGGACCCCAACUCGCUGUCUCCCAACAGCUGCUACGGUACCAGCUACCAAAACGCUGCCAUCAGCCCCACCACCCCGACCCCGCUGACCUCGCCCGCCACGCCCGAGUCCGACUCAUGACCUGUUCACCUCACGCUCCAGCCGUCCCGUAGCACAGCUCACCUUCCAACGUAACGUCUCCACUGGGGGUCGCUGCAACGCCUCCACCACUGCCCUCCCAACGCCACCAACCAACCCGCCAUCCACCUAAUGUAUCUUCACCACCAAUCACCCGAGGAGGCGCCCUACGUGUUUCCACUACCUGGAAAUAAUCAGGAGAGCAGGGUUUCAUUUCAGCACCCGACGGACAGUCAGAGGCUGCACAUCAGCGUCUGUUCUGUGUUUUAGUCACAGGGUGAAGACGCUCUGAUCUGCUUUUCUUUGCCUUAGAAUAAAGAUCCUCAGCACAGAGUCCUCCAGGGCGUGAAGCACAGGGGGUCUGAAGGAAUGAACGGUGCAGUGCCACAGAAAGCCAGCGAGAAUGUGAGCGCAACCUUUAAAGUCAGAGUCAUGCAGUCACACAUUUAGCUGCAGAUGUUACGCAGCUCAGACUCUGAACUACUCCACUACUCUUUGUGUUUGCAGCCACGAUCACAGUCCCGUGUGUGUAGCCAGUGUUGUAAAGUAAGAUGAUAUAGACUUAUAGGAUCGUGUUUUGUCGCACUGUCCAGCACACACACACACACACACACACACACACACACACACACACACACACACACACACACACACACACACACACACACACACACACACACCAGUUCAGUUCCACCACCAAAGAGUAGAUAACACCUGAAUUUAACACACGGGUUGUGAUGAAAAUGGCCGGCGCACACUCACAGGAAGCACAGCUCGUUCACAGUAAACAAUCAGAGACCUCCUGGAAAGUAACAGUGAUCACAAAAGUACAAACACUGUGCACAAACCGGUACCAACGUAUCCAUGAUCUAUUCUUCUUUAAGCACACGUACCAUUAAAACAAUCACAGCUCUCUGAUCUGUGCUGCACAACGAGCAGAGCAGCAUUUAUUCAUGCUGCAGCACAAGUCGAAAUGCACAAACUGUGUUCACCGUCUGAAACAGAAACAUCAGCACUGGACCAAAACAUAUAUGAAACACAACGCUGAAUCCAUUAGACUCACUGACAGGAUGAACUUUACGCCUUAGACUCAUUAGACAAAGAAAUAAAGGCUCAAGGGCACACAACCCUCAAUGCUUCUGCCCAUCCGUGAGAUAAUGAACGUGCUGAAGCAGAGAGGAACGUCUGCUGGUCAAACUGGAGCUGAACCAGCAGAAAAUGAGGACGGUGUCAUCAACCUGAUCACAUUUAAGUUAGAGGAUACCUCCAAUUAUUUUUCUAUCACACUAGUCAAAGCCAUAGCGUUAAGGUAGAGGUGGUUAUAUUAUAUUUAUAUUCCUGUACGUUUCUGUGCAGUGUGGUGAAUAACUAAGCGUACGUAUCCUGUGUGUUUUCAUCCCGUGUGCGUUUUUUUUGGGAAACAUACCUGUGUUGUAGUUUGUGUAACCCUGCUGUCGCGCCGCCGUCUGAGCGUCUCACUGUCGCAGCUCGUUUUUAGCCACACUAGAUGUGUGCUCGUAUAGUAGCUUAGCCAACGUACAAAGGAGCCUGUCCUAUACACAGCAUAUUAAAUCCUAGCACUAGUAGCCUAUGCUUGAUUUAAUUUACCCUAAAUAUAAGUGUUCUGUGCAUUUUUUCAACUAAGUGACUGUCAUCUGACUGGGAAUCAGACAACAAGGCAAUUGUGUAAAAUUAUUUAUUUAUUUAUUAAGGGGAAUUCUAAGCUGCAUGAUGUUGAGCACAGAUGGAGAAUGUAAAGGUGAGUCAGGUCCUUGAUGUGACCUUCGACCUGGUGAAACCCCCAGGCUAAGCUUUAUAUCUAAGAAAAGUGAGGCCUCUGUUUUUCCGGGACCUAGUGUGGCUUCAAACCUCACGUCUUGUUUUGGUUCUUGUGUCGUUGACGUCUCUGUGAGCAGCUGGGCCUGUUCAGUUUUCUGUGAGCCUGUAAAUAAUGUUAUUCUGAAGAUAGAUUUUAUUCCCGUGAAGUAUAUCUACAACUGUCUUAGCAGUAAAUGUAACAAAGUAAUAACAAACUAUGUGAUGAAGCACUUUUCACAAGGGUUGUAAAAAUAUUAGCUUUCGUUGGAUUGUAAAGACGCAGAAGCAAUAUCAUGUUAUUUUAAGUGACUGAAAAACCUCGACAGCAGUGAUUAGGAAUCAUACUGUAUAAUUAAAGGGACAUCAUGACUCUUCCUUACAAGUGCUAGUGUGCGUGUGUGCGCGUGUGUGUGCGUGUGUGUGUGUGCAGGGCCUUACUGAGCACAUGUUUCAAGCACUGUCUGUACAGGAGACGUAUUUAGAGAUGUCCUGUUGCAGUCUUAUUCUGAUUGUACAAUACUGAAGGUUACUGUACAAAAUGUGAACAUCACCUGUAAUAAUAUUAAUAAAGCGUAGACAAAGCCGU